GGAAGUUUGCUUUCAGGAAACGGAGAGUUGGCUGCCCAAGUUUGGGAUUUUGAGUAAUGGUGUUGGAACAUAUACGUUCCAACCCUGUUAUCAAUUUCUCAUCUCACCUACAGUCCGUGUCAAAGGACGGCUUCGUCUGUCGACAUUUGGCCUCGACAAUAUCUGAUAUCGGUAUAGGCGUCGGUCGAACUCGUAUGCGAGAAUAUGAUGGACGGUUUGAAUAUGCUGUGUAAUCUCUGUGGAGACCUGUUUAGGGGCAGGUGUGAGUGGCGUACGAAGCUGUUGCUGCUGCGUGUGUUUCUGCACCAAGGGAAAGAUAUCAGCGAGGUGUUGACAGUAGAAGCACUUGCUUUCAGAGGACAUCAAUGUCUGCUAUGCUGCAGGCUACUACGGGAAAUUAAGAAGAGGAGACACAUGAAAGAUCUGGACGCCACCUCCAAACUCACUGUUCGUCGGAGGCUGAUGGAUGAUGAAGUCAGAAUAUCAGCGGAGAAAGGAGUAAAAUUCUGCAUUGGGGAGCUAUGCUGCCAGUUUACCAAAUUGAGUUCCAUAGAACAUAUGGUUUCUUGUCCGGCAAAAAUGGAACAAAAUACGGGAUCUCAAACUUCUAUAGGUUUGGCUAGAACGUGGCUUGACUGUUGUCUAUCAACACAUCGGAGUGCGUUCGGGUCCAAGAGAGAUUGAACAUAUCGACGAGACUUUUAGAGAUAAACAAGCCCAUGACAGGUCACGUAAGGUUGUACAAUACGGCA